GCAGCGCCUGCGCCGGGCCGUGCCCGCCCCUUCCCGGGCGGCUCCGCGCAGCCAUGGCGGGCGCUGACAGCCAGGUGGACGCCAGGGAAGAGAAGAAAGCCGAAUGCGGGAAGAAGAAGAUGAAGGAAGGGGCUGGCGAUGGCGGUCGGUCGGAGUUGAGUCCCUGGCCUGCAUUUAUCAAUGAGCGUUUAGAGAUGUACAAUAAACUUAAGGCUGAGCAUGAUGCACUCCUUGCAGAAAGAGCUGCAAAUGACAGUAAACCCAUUAAAGUGACAUUACCUGAUGGCAAGCAGGUUGAUGCUGAAUCUUGGAAGACUACUCCUUAUCAAAUUGCCUGUGGCAUUAGGUAUGUCUCUGUUCUGUGAUACUACAAAAUCGU